AUGGAGACUUCCCAGGCUGCCUACUCGGUCGCGUCGACUUCCUUGUUUGCGCCCGCGUCGGACCCCAGUCAAGACAGGCGAGUGCAUGCGCCUGCAGGUCAGCCAGCGGCUGCCGCUCUCCGCGCCUUCCCGUGGAGCGAGGCGGGGGAUACCGGCUUCAGCGCGCAGCAGUGUGCGCGGUAUCUGAAUGCUUCGGGUGCGCCGUCAUGCUCCCGACCUAGCGAAGGCGCAGUGGACAAGUGUGCGAACGUGCCACACACCAGCUGGGUAGAGACGCAGAUCCGCGAAGAAAGACAAGACAGCACGGCGCCGCGAUCGCGGGACUCCCUCCCGCCGUUCUCUCUAGCUGCAGAGCGACAGCCGGUGGGAAUCCCCGGUACUGCCGCAUGUGAGAGGAAGCAUCUGGGGGCAGUCCACGACUUGCGAAGGCAACACGUGGCGUCGGUGGGCGUCACGCCGUCUGUGGAUGAAACGGCGCCUCCGCAGGCGCGAGAAGUGUGCGAGCACGAGCGGUGGCGAAGGGAGAAGCCUCGCGUCGAUUUGACUGAGGCGCAUGUGGGUACCACAGCGGCGUUCCACAACCCCCUCGCCCGCGCAGACGAGCGGGCGAUGAGUGCUGUCGGCGCAGUUUUGAGUCGCCUGGCGAGGAAGGGGACCGAAGAUUUGCGAGCGUCGGGCGGCGAGGGCGUGAUCACGGUGUUCCACUCGUCUACGGAGCCGUCGAUUGGAGUGGGCGAAUAUGUCGACCGCCUCGCGCGCUUUUUCCGGUGCUCGAGUGAGUGCUUCAUUCUCGCCCUCAUCUACAUCGACCGGCUGGUCCGGCGCCGCUCAGGCUUCAUGCUGAACAGCCUCAAUGUGCACCGGCUGUUCAUCACUGCACUCACCGUCGCGUCCAAGUUCUUCGAUGAUACCUAUUACAGCAACAGCUUCUACGCAAAGGUGGGCGGGCUGUCUUUGAAGGAGUUGAACAGACUGGAAGUCACGCUAGUCAUUCUGCUCGACUUCCGCCUCCACGUGAUGCCUAACGAGUUCCACUCCGCUCGCGCGUUCGUUCUCGAAGAACACACCGUCCCGCCGCCGAUGAAGCGCCCGGCCCCCGCGCUCGACGCAAGUCGCGAGCGCCCCGCAGGCUCGUGGCAGGCUGGCCACGGGGCGAGAAGCGAGCGCUGCGCAGAGACUCUGGGGAUCAAGGACGCGUCAGGGAGGGUGUGCGCGUCGCGCGACUGCGCCUUUGAAGAGCCCGUGCGCAGUAGACCGGAGCUUUCCGCGGAGGCGACGCACGCGGUGGUGCGCGGCGCCAAUGUGUCCCCGGCCGCGGGAGCUGCUGUGGAGACGCACGGCGUCGCGAACGUGAUCACCCCCGCAACUGUCGCCUCGCGCAGCGACUUGUCCCGAGGUUCGUCGAGCUCGCUGGCGUCCAAUCCAGGCGCGAGAGACGCGCAGUCCUGGGAUCGACUCGGCGAAGGCGACAGAACGCGGCACUGCCGUUCGGCCUCGCGCGCAAGUCGCCCCGUGUCGCCCUGUCCCCUCUCUGGCCUCCACGGGGGCGAGGCUGACCGAGGCGAGCUGUGCGGCAGGGAAGAGACAUGGGAGACGGCGCGCCUGACGGAGGCAGGGUGGCCCAUCUCGGGGCUGCAGCCCGUGCCGAUGCACGGCGAGGAAACGGGCGUUGGGGAGGUGCCGCUUGAGACCGGCUUCUCGGAGAGCGCUGGCGAAGCAACUGGCGGCGGUGCGUCGCUUCAGAUCCAGUCGUGCUUGGAAGAGAGGCUCUUGUUUCAGACCAAGUACCUGGGUCUAGGAAAGGCCUUUCGAGCCUGCGAGGGGCAACAAACCCCACAAACGCGAACUGACCCGCGCCUGCGGUUGGCCGGGCGCCAGCAGGACACUCGCCUGGCGUCCGUGGCAUGCACCUUCGUUCACGGCUCAGCACCCCUCUCCCCGCUGGCGAGCCGACCGAAAGAUGCGGUCCCGUGCAUGUGUGGAAGUCGCCUGCAUGCGAUUCCCCGGAUGUGUGCGUCGCGGUGCUCGGCCCAUUGCGCCCUCGACCUCGCCCCGCAUCUCCCCACAGACAGAGAGACGCGCGGCGACGGCCGGGGUCGGUCUGCGGAACGCAGAGAAAGCGUGGCGCUGCGCUCUGGACUUCCCGAGGGCCUCCCGGAGACAGCGCGUCCGGAGGGCUGGGGGCCGACGCUGGGUCUCUCCCGAGCUCAGUCUGGCGCACAGGGCGACCGCGCCGAAGGCGCGGACGACGCCUGGGGCGCGAGUGGCCACGCUGCAGUGUCUCGCCAGCGACUGGAAGCGGAGACACUGAAGGAGACGGGGAAGGCAAAGAGACAGCUGUUCUCUCCGUGCGCAGGUUCGCUCGCGCUCCUCGCGAAUGGGCACUUCCCGGACGCGUGCCAUCGCUUCCACUGUUUUGUCAGGAGGAAGCAGGGACGCCGGGAAAUGCGACGCGAAGUGCCCGAGACGCACAUGACGAAGGCCACGUGCUCGGCGUCCAGAGAGCGCGGCUACUACGAGGACAGCGAGAGGCGAGAGGAGCGGAGCCGAAGCUGCGUGGUCCUCGGCCGAGGCCACGGAGCUUUCGCGGGACCACACUCUCACGCCUGGUCAUCGCUAGCCUCGGGCGCCCUGGUGUUUUCCGUCGCGAAACGGUCGUGCUGCGUAUCGCCCGGAACAGAGGCGGUGUGGAGCCGCACAGACCGCGCAGAGGGCCAGGGAGACGCGGAGACCGCCACGGCCGGUUUCGCUCGGGGCUUCAGCCCCCAGCCUCCCGCGCCGGCAGAGUCGAACCUACGCGCAUUUCUCGGGUCCAGAGACGGUCGCGAGGAGGCGGCAUCGGUGGAUGUUGCGCCCCACACUUCCGGGCCCCUGGGUGUGGAGACACUUGCCCCAGAAGCCGGCGCGGUGUCGAACGUGGUGCGGCCUCGUCUCGAGGCCGCUCGGCUGUUGCCGGGCGUUCCCAACUGCUUUUCGGCGUCCUGGACUGCGUCGCGCGCGGGGUUUCUUCUUUCGCUGUCUUCGACUGCGAGUCUCGCGGGUUUCCGCGGCUUUUGUCCGACCCCAGUGACGCCCACAGAGCGGGGGAAAGAGGGCCGCGUGGAGAGCCCCACGUUCGACUCGCCCCACUGUAUGGGCUCAGGACGCUCUGUUAACUCUACGGCGAGCACGGUUGCAGAUUCGUUUGCGAAUUUCGGCGGCGAGGACAGUAUCGGCUUCGCCUUUUCGCGCGCUCUCGCGUCUCCGAAGACGCUCCAAGGAAAGGCGCGGGAGGAGAGACUGUUGCGGCAUGCGCGCGUUCAUCUCAGAGACAGUCGAGAUCUCACGCAGCUGCUCGGCGACCGAGAGUGA